AUGACACACACCUGCAGGCUGCACACCUGCUAGCCUGUUCCAUUAUUCGUUCUCCGAAUGCUAGGAAGGAUUAUUGCCUAGCCUCUGAAGGACCUGACUCGGAAGGACAUGUCCUACCAAGGAAGCGUCCUCGACUUCUACUGCUGGGCGAGGCUAGCUUUUCGUUGCCACAGCUACCGAGUUGCGUAACCAUUUAAAAAGAGCCGAACAACGCCAAGAGCUUCUGUUCCUUAGCAACACCAAAAUAACAAGGAGGUGAAAAUUAGCCUUCUUUACUUUAACAUGUCCCAGGGAGGACGUGUGGGGAUAUCACAAAACAAGACAAGUCCGAGUUAACCAAAAGCUGUAACUUCUGACAGCGGAACGGGUUAUUUUGUACCGCACGGAACCAGUUGCGUUGGGGACGGAAACUAAAUCUGUAAACAAACGUAGCUAGCAACGGUUUUAGUUAGUAGACGUAAACACAUGUGCAAAGACACUGUGGUCUCAGCUCAAACAAGAUGUUUAAAAACACGUUUCAAAGCGGAUUCUUGUCUAUUUUAUACAGCAUCGGCAGCAAACCACUUCAGAUAUGGGAUAAAAAGGUUAGAAAUGGUCAUAUCAAGAGAAUCACAGACAAUGACAUCCACUCACUGGUGUUGGAGGUCGAGGGAACAAACGUCAGCACCACAUAUAUAACAUGUCCUGCAGACCCUAAGAAGACGUUGGGCAUCAAGCUUCCUUUUCUCGUUAUGAUCAUCAAAAAUCUCAAGAAGUAUUUCACCUUUGAAGUCCAGGUGUUGGAUGAUAAAAACGUUCGGCGGCGCUUUCGGGCGAGUAACUAUCAAAGCACGACACGAGUGAAGCCGUUUAUCUGCACGAUGCCCAUGAGACUGGAUGACGGCUGGAAUCAGAUUCAGUUUAACCUGUCGGACUUCACCAGGAGGGCUUAUGGGACCAAUUACAUUGAGACGCUGCGUGUACAGAUCCACGCUAACUGUCGAAUAAGGAGAGUGUAUUUCUCAGACAGACUGUACUCUGAGGACGAGCUCCCUGCAGAGUUCAAACUCUACCUGCCCGUCCAGAACCAGAAGGCCAAGCAGUAAGGAUUCUCCCCUGCACCGUCCCCCCUGAGCUGAUGUGGAGUUUAGCUGUAAGAUAUAACUGUGUGUAAACAUGUGAUUAACUUUAAAACUUUGCAAUAUUGUAAUUUUUGAACUUUGAGUUUUGAUUGCCGUCUUGUGUUGCUUUCUGCACAAUAAAGUAUUUUAUGUACUCAUCUGUCAUCACAGUUUUAAAUAUAAUAUAAUCUAUAGCAUUAGUUAAUCGUACAAUAAAUCUUACAAUUGCCAAAAUAGUUUAAAAAAAAUCCAUUCUUAAAGCAGCCAUGUGCUGGCAAAUAACUGGGAAACAGGAUAGGAGGCUUCACAGUUCCCUGCUGAUAUAAUUAAGGCUCAGUUAGGGCUGUAUUAAAUACAAAUAUAUAAUAAGGCGAUCCAUGUGAAUGUCUGUCAAAUACCAACCAUAAACAAACUGCAACGAACAAAAAGAGACAAGUCCUUUCUUCAAAUAUAAUGAAUCUUUAUCAAAUUACACACAUCAUUUCAAGUGAAAGGCUCGGGAAAUGAUUUGCAUUCCCAAAAAACAUUAUAAUCUUUGUUUCACUUUGGAUUUCUGUGAACAGUAUGAACAGAUUAGUAUUGCAUUUAUUUCAGAGCUAAAGUCAGUUUAGCUUAAAGCUGCAUCUUCAGCAUUUCAACUCACAUUGCAAGGACAGACGCAGCACAGUAGUGUUGUGAAAACAGGAAUAAUGAGGUGAAUAAAGCACACAAAAGAAGGAGGAGCCAUGAGAUGCAACAUAUCCUAUCUAAAGCUGUGGUUAGGACUCAGGACUGCACCCUGUGACUUUAAGUAAGCUUGUAAACAAAACAUUUUUCACAGAAGAAAACAAGUUUCUCAUCCUAUAAAUGAGAAAAAGCAUAUUUUCUUUACAUUUCUAUUUAUCAUUUUACAUUGUGAUUUCAUCUGUACCAUUGGAUUUUGCCAGUGAUUACUGAUACCGACGACUUGUUAUUUUAUUUAGUAUUCUAGUUCCCCCACCCAUGAAAACAUGCAUAUUGCAUUUUGGGAAGAUGCUGCAGAAGCAGUUUUUUGCUGUGAAUUGUCAAUGAAUACAAAUUUUAAAAAAC